AUGGUCCCUAUCCAUGCAGCACAUACUUCCACCACUAUCAAUGACCAAUCACUCCACUCCGCAUCGCUAGAGCUCAACUAUGAGCGCAGCACCCACCUAGUCGACAUCAUCUCCAAGGACGAGAAUCUGCGUAAACUGCGUUUCGACAUGCACAAACUCGAAGACGACAAUGAAGAGCUGCGCGAACUCUUGACACAAGAAGAGGACCGCUCAGAGUCUCUUGAAAAGACCAUCAGCGACAACCUCGCUCGCGCCGAAGAUGCUGAAGCCCAUGCCAUCGAUCUGCAGACUGACCUGCAAGCUGCCGAGCAGGAACUCUCAAUACUCAGAGUAUGUAUCUCGUACUGUCGUCGCAUACACCAGCUUACCAUAUCCCCAUACAGNGCAGAAACAAAUGCUCUACGAAACGUCACAACAGACUCUGAGAGGCUCCUAACCGAGAAACUCGACCUCGCACGCCAGAUAUCCACCCUCAAACCAGAACUCGACCAUCUACGCGCCCAAGUUGAAUCCAACCAGGACCUCCUCUCCGAAAAGCUCGCCCUGCAACGACAAGUCAGCGAGAUCCAAGUCGAACUCGACCACGCCAAAUCCGAAGCUAAGCGCGCAAUCGCUAAACGCCGCAACACUCAACAUGAUCUGAACCAACAAGACACUAUCGACGACCUGCGCAAGGCUCUGACGAGGGAGAAGCGAUUGAGAGAAAAGGCCCAAGAAGAUUUGGAAACCGCUCAGGCUGAGCUGGAACGUGAGAAAGAAAAUUCUCAGCGCAAAAACACAACAGAAGCUGCCAAAGCAGAGGAGAACGCCAAUGUGCAAGUCGAGACCGAAGAGCUGCGUCGCCAACUCGCAAAGGAGCGCAAGGAACGCGAAAGGACCGAGAAGACACAUCAAAAGACCCAAUCCGACUGGGACGCCACAAAAGCAAUCCUGGACGACAAGCUCAACCAAUUCCGCACAAAGCUAAAGUCGACCAAGGAGAAGCUAAAGGAGACUGAGACACAACUCGAGGAAGCUCAGAGAUCUGCUGCAGCCGACGCAAGAUUAGCACCUGUCUUGGCCGAAAAGACCGCCAAACAGACAAAGAAGAGAAGCGCUGCACAAAUGGAUCCGGACUCGCAAAAACUAGGAACACCAGGCAACGCCAAACCAGCAAAAAAGGGGCGCAAGGCUGCAGCAGUCGGCGACAAAUCAACCUUUUCCAUCACACCAUUCUUGAACCGCACAAUGAGUGUUGCACCUGAAAGUCCAGGGCAAGCCGAGGAGGCCCCAGCAGAAUCAGCCGCUGAAGAAUCAGAAUCGGAAGCUGAGGCAGAGUCUCCGAGCGCAUCUAACGUUCGACCAACCGCAGAGACCGCUCCUAANGCCGUUAGCGACCGUACCUGCGAGCAAGAGCAACAUAAAAAGGCCAAGCCAGCAACCGAGCCAAAACCCAAGAAACAAACAAAGAAGCAAGCACUGGAACAAGUCGUCGAAGAAGUCGAACCUGCAUCUCAAGAAGAGACUGCAGCAACCACCAAAGUUCCCACAUUCAAGGCCAAGAAGUCCGACGCAGAGUCGAAACCAAAGCCCAAACAACGCAAGUCUCUUGCAACAUUUGCUGCCUUCACACAUGAGCCAGAACCAGAGAAGAAACAGAAGAAGCGAAAGCUUGGUGGCUUGAGCAAGACUCUGUUCGAUGACGAGGACGAUGCGCCUAGUAAGCCACUCCCCGGUCGUGGAGGUGGUUUGUUCGGAGCAACACGUCUGGGUCCUCUUGCAGCUGGUGGUGUAAGAGGUAGCUUCAUCGGUGGCAUGGGGAAGAAGAAGUCUGGCCUGUUGACAGCGGACGACGGCUUCAUGUUUUCACCUCUUAAGAAGGAGAGGAAAGCGAUGGCUAGUUUCAUUCAGUGA